CGCUCGCUAAACCUCGUCGAUCAUCGUGAUCUACACAUGCUGUCUCACCGAAAACGAGAACAUGACAGAUCGUUCACAAGGAAACCAAGUGAAAUUUAUUUCAUGUAUUCUUUGUGUACUCAUCUCGUAUAGCCAAACGGUAAACUUGUGGCGGCGCUUGCAAGUUACAGUUGCCCGGUCCUCGGGUAGCUACCUGUGGCUCUGAUGCUUUGAUCUCCACCUUCCUCCGUGUGCCCACUCCGUGAUUCCUCUCCUAUCUCCUAAUUUCGGCCAGCUAUCAUGACAGCCCUAACUCAUGUAUCGCGCAUGCCCUAUCGUUUAUUUUCCCCCUCAAUCUCAAAUGCUCAUCCGCAUUCUGUGUCGCGCUUCUUUCAUUUCAGUGCAACCCAGAAGAGACUACGCGAUACUGAAUCCGUGAGCAAAGAAAUUCUUAGCGGAGAGACGGAUAAGAAAGUUUUUAACCUCGGCGGAUACCACAUGUCUCCCUCCUCAGCUCGUACCUUCAACAGGACUCUCGGUAUCAAUGAUAGUCGAUUCGAAGACGGUCACCUGGAAACCCCGAUCAACAACUGGCUUGCAGAAAAUAAACCGGACGUUUUGUGUGGAUGCCUCACUUGGCUGUUUGACCCCCGUAUCAGUCGUGUGUUCUUCUUCACCCAUUUCUGUGAUUCAAUGGAGCGGCCAGAAGAAGAUGAGGAAGAUUUGCGGGUCAAGAACUGGCUACAGGAGAAUGGUGCCACUGGUGUGGAAUGGCAAACCUUUUAUGACAAUAAUGGCUUCACUCGCUUCGGGUUGCGACCUUCCUCAAAGCCGAGGGACUGGGUGGUUGAAGAAAUGACGGUCGAAAAGUAUCUGUCUCGGAAUCGCAGGAAACUUGUUGGCAAGUAGUGUGAGGUUUGGCUAGAGAUUUAACAUUGUGACUGUCAUAGCAAUAUAUAUGUCCAAAAGUAAAGUUGCCUCCUUCCGGUCUUGCACCCCCAAAACUGGUUGGUUAAGUCCAUAGGUGCGGGAGGACUCAAAUCUCAGAGGCUACAAAGGUUCCUCGCGAG